AAAAACACUGGUGCGCUUUCGGAAUCGCAAACUCAGGAUACGAGUGCCUGGGAGAGGCCGGGUUUGGAUCGAGCUGGAGUGUCACAUCGACCUGAUGCAAACAUUGGAAAUAAGGGGCCCAGCGAGACGGGGCAUUCCUCGAUGAACGAGGAACUAAGUCCAACACAGCCAGAUGAUUCACAAGUUCUUACCGAUUUUGCGGAUAGGCUGCGGCAGCCGAGAAAGCCUAUUGCUGUUGUUCUGACAAGCAGAGUAUGGCACCCGGACAUCAAAAACGAAGAUCGAACGCAACCCUCUACUUCAUCCAGUCGCGAUAUAUCUAUCCCGAAAAAAUUCAAGCGGGACGAUGCAAACAAGCCAUCGGGAGCAAGGAAGAUCAGCUUAACCAGAAAAAUUCGGGUGCCACGUGAUGCUGAGCCUAGUAAGCACAUGAUAAAAAUAAUAAUAUGA